CUGCAGUCACGCUGCAACUGCGACUCACUCAACUCCAUCACAUCCUCGGACUCACUCUUCCUUUUUUAAAGGACCACUGCGGUUUAUUCUCACAUCCUGAACAAUAACCAGCAUCGAUCCAAGCUCAAAGCUCUCGGACGCUUUAUUUUUCCAGGGUUUUUUUUUCUAUGUUGGAUCAUUUUCAUUCAAUGGGUCCGCGUGUAGUGCUGCUCUGCUCUCUGUUCGGAGUUCUCCUUGGCCAAGGAGCAGAACAGAUGUCGAUUGAGGACUGCUGUAAAGAUGGACAGAAGCAUGGCAAUGAUAACAAAGACUGUGCGUCCCUCCCUCUCGUUUCAGAGUCGACCACAUGCAGGAUAGUACAGGAGCAAUGCUGCGUAACAGUGCUUGAGGAUAACAUGUGCACCACUGGUAUCAACAUGGCCAAAGACCAAGGAGCCUGCGAUUCUUUAUUCUCCAACACCUGCGAGACCAAGACUACAAAGAUGUGCUGUGACUGUUGUCUUCUGGGGAAGGCGGCUCAGGAAAAGGGCCUACCCUGUGACCACAACCUGUCUGUGGGCUACCAGUGUAGCUUGGUGUCCCGGGCCUGCUGCGUGGAUGCAGCCUUAAACAACCAGACCACACCCACAGGACAAACUGAAUUACCGAACAAGGAUGAAACUAAUACAAAUGGAGAUAAUUCAGUAUUAAAUAACCAGUGCAAUGUGAAAUGUGCCCAUCACUGCGUGGGCAAUGACACCUGUGGAUGUUUCAAAGGUUAUAAACUUAAACCAGAUGGACAUAGCUGUGAGGAUAUCAAUGAGUGUUUGCUGGGAGCCAGCAACUGUCGGGGGGGAGAGCGCUGUAUCAACACAGAAGGAUCAUUCCGUUGCCAGAGGGAGGUCAGCUGUGGGACUGGCUAUGAACUCACUGACAACAACAAUUGCAAAGAUAUUGAUGAGUGUGAGACUGGUAUCCAUAACUGUGGUCCAGAGUUUGAGUGCCAAAACACCAAGGGGUCCUUCCGUUGUCUCCCUAAGGUCAAGUGUGGUGUCGGCUAUAUUCAGGAUGCCCUCGGCAGCUGCAUUGAUAUCAAUGAAUGUGUUAGCCAGACAGGCCCAUGCAACAGAGGGCAGGUCUGCAUCAACACAGUUGGCUCCUACAGCUGCCAGAGGAACUCUGUUAACUGUGGUCGAGGAUACCACCUCAAUGAAGAGGGCACACGCUGUAUUGAUAUUGAUGAGUGUAAGGGCCCUGAUGGGGCCUGUGCAGGUCAUAGUUGUGUCAACCUGCUGGGCUCCUACCGCUGUGAGUGUGAGAGUGGCUACAACUUCAACAGCAUCACUCGGGUUUGUGAGGAUGUUAAUGAAUGCAGGCACUAUCCUGGCCGCCUGUGUGCUCAUAAGUGUGAGAACACUCUGGGAUCCUACAAGUGUAGCUGCACCAACGGCUUUAAGCUAGCUAGUGAUGGCAGGAAUUGUGAUGAUUUGAAUGAGUGUGAGAACAACCCAUGCAGUCAAGAAUGUGCUAAUGUCUACGGCUCCUAUCAGUGUUACUGUCGUCGUGGCUACCAGCUCAGUGACAUAGAUGGCAUGACUUGCGAAGAUAUCGAUGAGUGUGCCCUGCCCACUGGAGGUCAUAUUUGCGCCUAUCGCUGUCACAACACCCCUGGUAGCUUCCACUGUUCCUGUCCCGUCAGUGGCUACACCUUGGCACCAAAUGGGCGCAGCUGCCAGGAUAUUGAUGAAUGCGUGACGGGAACACACACAUGCACAGAGAAUCAGAGCUGCUUUAAUAUACAGGGAGGAUUUAGAUGCCUGUCUUUUGACUGUCCAAACAACUACCGGCGCAUUGGAGAGACUCGAUGUGAACGCUUGCUUUGCAAUGAGUCUGCCGAGUGCCUGACCAUGCCCCUGAGAAUAACCUACUACUACCUCACCUUCCCAACCAACAUCCCCGUCUUCACCAACAUCUUCCGGAUGGGUCCUUCCCACACCGUGCCCGGUGAUGACAUCCAGAUUGCUAUCACUGCUGGCAAUGAGGGCGGUUUCUUCAAGGCGGAACGGAUACCCACUGGUGGCGUGAUGUCGGUGUCAAAGCUCAUCAACAAGCCACAGGACUUUGAGCUGUCUCUGGAGCUAAGGCUGCGUCGCUACGGCACAGUCAGCACAUACUUGGCUAAAGUGCUGGUGUUUGUUACCCAGGACGAGCCCAGAGUACCUUACAAUCCCCUGCUAGAAUAAAUACAAGUUAUGUAGGGUUACACAAGUUACUACACCCUUAAAAAGGAUGUGUCAUUUUAAUGUGUGUUGCAUUGUCUUGCAGAGAAAACAGAAAAAGUGAAUCCUCAAAACAAAAUGCAUGCAAGAUGACAAUACAUUAUGUAUACAGCACAUACUGCCAAGAUAGAUAGAUAUGCAGGUAAAUAUACAUAUAAAUUACGAUUUACAAUUAGAGAAAACUAGUAUAACCAAAGAUCAUUUAUGUUUCUUUCAUUCCUGGAUUUAUGCUAUAAAAUCUGGUCUUGCCUAAAUAUUCGGGUAAACUGGUCUGAUUAACAAGUUUGGAGGACUUGGGCCCCUAAUGACCCCUUAUCCCCUUCCUAUCUGUGCAUUAUCCUGUCUUUUUUUAAAUACACACAUUAACAGUAUGGACAAAGAAAGCAAAUUUAUGUUGAUGAUGUGAUUGAGUGAUGCAUAUUCUUAAAGGAAUAGUUUGAUAUUUUGGGAAAUAGGAGAAGAUUUAGUUGCAGCUAGCUAACUUAGCUUAGCAUUAAGAUUGGAAACAGCUAGUUUGAAUGUGUGAAUUGCUUUUACGGUGCUGGUAGGCGGAUUUUGUUGUUUUCCCCCCUGUUUCCUGUAAUUAAAUUAAUUUUAGAUAACUAGCUGCUGGUUGUAGUUUCAUAUUUAUGGUACAGAUAUAAGAGUGGUAUCAAUCUUCUCAUCUAACCAUUUGCAAGAAAAUGCAAUAACAAAAGUGUAAAGACAACAGGUUUUUUUUAGUUUUUCUUUUACAAGGGUUAUGUGACAGACUAUUUCUUGGCUGGGCAUAGUAAGUUUAUAAGUCCAUGGUGACAACAAGACUACAGGAGAUUCUAUAAGAGCAAUAUCGAUUUGAUUCUCUCAUAUAACUCUCAGCAAGAAAGCCAGUGUGUGUAUUUUCAAGUGUAUUUCCUAAAAUGCCAAACUGUUCCUUUAGACACAUUUUUAAUUCAUCAAACAGUGACUCUGGGGCUUUCAGGCUCCCUGGCAGCUGCCCCUUUUGUCCGAUCAAUUAUCCAGCCUUGUCUCUACUUACUUUUUUUGUAAUAAAUCAACACAAGUAUGAUUAUUUGACACUAAACGCGUGCUAAAGAUGACACAUCAUUUUUAAAGAGUGGAUAUAAAAAACAAUACCACUCAUAAAAUUAGAAGAAGUAAGCACAAUUUUUAGUUCUCUAGCAGUUUACAUAAUCAGCUGUUAAACACUAGAAUUACAAAUCAUUAUUCAGCAGUAUGAAUUAGGUCCAAUUGAAUGUAUCUUGGAGGUAAGGUAUUGUGAUAGCCGCUAGGUGGCGUUCUAGGUCAGGGUAAAUAAUAAAAUGGUAACACUCAAGUCUGCCUACAAUUGAGUGUAAUUUGAUGAUGGUUGCAUGAUAAAGUCUGACGUUUUGCAGUAUUUUAUGGUUUAUGUGUUGGAUGAACAGUUUUCUAUUAAAAUUGAAAUAGAAA